AUGGGGGUGAAUGGAUUAACAGGAAUACUCAGACGAUUUGCUCCUAAUUCAAUUCGUCAAAUCAGUCCUAGUCUAUUUGCCAAACAGACAAUCGCUGUAGACGCCAGCUGUCACUUGAACAAAUUUGUAUAUGGAGACGAACCGCAUCCAUACAAACACAUUUACGGCUUUUAUCUUCUCUCUCGUUUCUUUGAUAUGAACAAUAUUAAUCCAAUCUUUGUAUUUGACGGUUCAAAACGGUUAGAGGCAAAACGAUUAGAACAUGAAAAGAGAGAACGACAACGAUCCAAAGUGAAACAUACUCUACUGUUUGAACAAGAACAAGCAGCACGAUUAGAUGCUUGGUUAGAAAUAACUGAGGAUAUGGUUCGUCGAAUUCCCAACGACCAGGCUUCGUUUAUCUUGACUGAAUUAGGAGAUUCAUUAUCAGAGAUGGAUCACGCAGUAAGUGACCAUGGUGUGUCUCCAGAGGUCGAACAGGCGAUUAUCGCCAACAAGUUGAGUCACGUCGCUCAAGAUCUGAGAGAAGCAGUGAUACAAGUGCAGGAUACUGAAAAAUAUACAAGAACUGCGCGUCAACUGGCCAGUCGAGAAAAGAAUUUGGUAACAGAAAUGCUUAUUAACAGAUUACGAGAUGUAAAAUCCUCACUUGAAUCGCUCAGUGACGAUAAUCAGAUAAACAGACAAUCUUUAGAAAAAAGGUCUGUAAGGAUCACGCAGGCACUAAGAAAGGAAUGUCAAGAGUUCUUGGAGUGUUUGGGAUACAUUUGCUUUUCAUGCGAUAAUCAUGAAGCAGAGGCGAUGUGUGCGCACUUGGGGAAAGCAAAAAGAACGACAGCUACUAUAUCGGAAGAUCUUGAUACACUCGCGUUUGGUGAUACACCUCUCUUGCGUUAUUUCUUUUCUCGCACACAAUCCGUUCUUUAUAUUGAUCCCGUUAUUGCCAGACAAGAACUCAAGCUUUCCAGAGACUCAUUUUUGGAUUUCUGCAUCUUGUGUGGAACAGACUUUUCAGGGACCAUUCAAGGUAUUGGCCCUAUACGUGCACUACAGUAUAUACAAAAGUACAAGAGUAUAGAGAAUAUCUUGGGUAAACUGGAUGAAAUCAAUCCCAAAUACGCUCCACAAAAGUCAUUUGACUAUAAACUCGCAAGAAGAGUAUUCAAUAGUUUACCACCUAUACCCGAGGAUGACCUUGUUUAUGAAAGGCCAAGGACAAAUCAAAGCGAAAUAGAGGAUCUGUUAAGAUAUUAUGAGAUUGAUACAGUUGAAGCAGACGUGAAAGUGAAGACAGCUAUCGUUCGACAAAAUAUUACUCAGCCGAACGAGUGGGGAGCAGAUCCCUUUUCUGUAAACACUUUUAAUAAUACCCUUCUAACAAUAGAUAACAAUAGCCUUGGCAUAAACUAA